AAGACACCAGUUCAUAUCGGAGAAGUACUUCUGAUUUAAGUUUGACUUCCAGGGACACAAAGGUAGAAAUGACAGAUGCAAGUUCAGUUUGGAAGAAGUGGCAGGAAGACUCUACAUCAGUCCGACGUUUUGGUUCUGAUGUUUACUACAAAUACAAAGCACACUGGUACUGCAGAGACAAGGAAGGGCGCAAUGGCUCUUUUCUCAGAAAAUACAACGGAGUGGGAAAUUCCAUAGAAUUCAGAGCAUAUAUGGUGUUUAAUUCACAGAAAAAGGAUUUCGUGGAGCAGCAUGGAUGGAAGAAUCCCACACCCGAGGGCCUUGGUAGUAUUCCCUUCCUGAAAAUGUCGGGUGCACGCCUUCCAAGAAAGUAAUAGGGGACAAAUUAACGAUAAAACAUGCAACUAAAUGAAAC